CUAGCAGCUGCAACAUCAAUCUGACUUGCGGUAAUUGGCAUUAAAAUGAAACUGUUAGUCUGGGCGUUUUCAUUUUGCCUGAUUGCUCAUGGCGUAAGUGGCCUGUUCUUUGAGGAGAUAAGUCAAUUCUUUGGCGGCAAGACGGAUAAAGCUGCUUCUGCUGGGAUAAAUGCUGUCAAUUCAAAUGCAACUACGAUAGGAUUGCUUGAUGAAAUGGAGCAUGCAGCCGACAGCCUAAAUGAUUUUUAUCAACAGUUUAGAAAGGAGCUGCAUAAUCUCAUGAAAGGCAUCAGUGCCAGCGAUGACGUUGAUGGACAUAAGACAUCAUCCGGUAGCUCAGCGCAACUGAAGCCCAAUUUCAAUGAGAGGAAUGCCAAAACAACAACUAAAAAAUUGGAUACAGCAACAGCAACAACAAUCAACAUUAUAACCACUAGUAAGCUUGAGUUACAUUCAAGCACGCCGCUUCCGUAAUGAGUUAAAGAUGAACAACACAACGAGAACAAAGAUCAGUUUUCAUUAAUUUAAUUUAAUGCGGAGAAGGUCAGACACAUUUGUUUAUUAAAUAAUCCCAACACAAAUAUCAAUAUGAGAAUUAACAGCUUUCAUUAAUAUUUGCACAGCUGUCACGACAAGUCAUCUGUUUUCACAAUCAAAAAUAUUUCCUCACUUUGGAGCGACAAUCAAAAGUUCAUUAUCAUUACAUCAAAAGGCAUGUUGAGGCCAUGUUUUUACCUGCCAACACUUUUGGUAACACUGAGUGCAGCGCUGGUUCAGGUAUUGCUGUGAUGGACAUCGAUCGCCUUAACUUUCCCUCAGAUAUUCCGGAAUAUGAUUACAUUCUAACUGAUAAGGCAAAAUUACAGCAGUUGAGAAAACAAUGGAAAGAAGCAGUAGAUGUUAACAUGAUGUUAAUGCAGUUUCUGCAGCUCAACAUGAUGAAGAUUAUGUUUAUGUUGGAUGUCCUCAUCCUAAUAUGCCUUUUCUUCCAUAUCAACGAAAGUAGCUAAAAGUAUUAAACAUAAUUUUAAAUAAUAAUUCUACACACUUUUAUAAUACCUAUAGAAUUUAAAAUCAAAAUAAAGAAACAUGUAAUUA